UUGGCCAAACAUGUCAAUGAUUCGAUUGAGAAACUACCGGAUAUUGUCGUAGAUGAGUUACACGUUGAAUCUAAAGAGAAGAAAAGCAAGGACGAUUCAAAGAAGAAGUACAAAUCCGAAACUGAAAAUGGCGAUCUUUGUGGAGAUCCACAUGGAAAAUCCAAAGAGAAGAAGAAAAAACACAAACUUGUUUCUGAUUCUCUCAGUGAAAAUAUCGAACAAGUCGAAACAGGCCAUGAAAGUCGAUCAGACGAGUUGCCAAAAAAACAUCUAAAGAGAAGAAGAAGAACAAAGACAAGCCAAUCUCCGAUUCUUGUGACGAGAGUGCUGAGCAGGCUAAAUCGGAAGCAUUGCAGGAGGUGAUUGAAGAGGCUCCGUUAGACGAGUCAAACACAAAAUCUAAAGAUAAGAAGAAGAAGAAGAAACACAAAUCACUUUCUAUGGAUUGUGGGAUUGCGGGAGAUUCUAAUGAAACCGAUUCCAAGAAGGACGAUGCUUCGUUUCCCGAAUGCUGUUGCUGUUGCCGAUGAAAAGAAAAGUUCCAAGAAAAGGAAGAGAUUGGCAUCUGAGGAAUGAGAGCUUCGGGGUGGCGAUGAAACUGCGAGUAAAGAGUCGAAGCUAAGCAAAACAGAUGGUUUGAAAGAGAAGGCAAAGGAGAACGGAUUUCUAGUAGGAGACGGAGAUCUUAAUGCGGGUAAGAAAAGGAAAGCAGGAAUAAGCGAAGCGGGUGUGGAUGUUUCUGCUGAUGGGCAGAAGGAAGCGAACGGACAUGCUGAUGGGAACGUCGGGAAAGAAGAAAGAGAAAGGGUCCCACGCCUAAAACGAUGAAGAAAGAACGUAGCGGUUCAGCUCAGCCCAAAACGGCAAGUGCAUUUCGAAGGGUGAAAGUUGAUGAGGUGGAAUUUGUCGAUGAGCGGCUUCAAGAUAAUUCUUACUGGGCAAAGGACGGUGCAGAUAUUGGCUAUGGUGCAAAGGCGCAAGAAGUUGUUGGGCAAGUCAGGGGCAGGGAUUUCCGACUUGAGAAGAGAAAGAAGAAGCGGGGAAGCUACGGAGGCGGACAGAUUGAUUUCCAGUCACACUCAGAAAAAUUCAAUUACUCUGAUGAUGAUGAGUGAUGGUUGGUUGGGAUUCAACGGCCGAUUUGUGCACCAGAUGGACGUUUGGAUUCCACACGCACAUCACUGGUGGGCCUUGCAUAUGCAGGUAAUCAUUCCCCAUUGCAACUGUUACAAUGGACAUUAUAAAUUGGUCUCCACUCAGUAUGAAACUCAAUAUGGUGUGACGAAGGAAUCACGCACAUUCCUGUUGCAAUUUCCCACCAUUUCUGAGGUGGGUCCCACGUCGUAGCUGUCCUCUCUGAUAAAUCAGGUUGAUCCGAUCCGAUCACACUACCUGGCUGGACAUCCGGAUGAAAUAAAUAUCCAAUCAAUAGGAAAUUGAUCAUUAAAAAAAGAUAAAAAGAAAAAAGGUCAUGGAUUCGACUGUGUGGCUGUGAAUGU